UAUCGGCAGUUGUUCAUACUUUUGGCCACCGGUCAAUUUUCCUUGGUUUGUUCGAGGGAUUAUGCGAAGGUGCUCCAUAAGGAAUAGCCAUGUCUACGAAGAAGUACUUUACGGUCAUCAACAUGCCAUCAUGCGUGACAACGGUACCAAGCAAGGCCGAGGACGACCUCAAAGUCCCGCGAGCCACAGUUGUGCACAUGGAGUCGACGCCCAGCCGACCUCAACACUCGUCCCAGGUACUGGCGACCCUGGCUCUGUCCAUGGGUACACUGUCUUCGGGAUUGGCGAAGGGUUACACGUCCCCAACCCUCGACUCCUUCCUGAACAAUAACUCGCCCGACCUCUACCCGUCGCUCAGCACCUGGAUGGCGUUUACGGUGACGGAGCAGGAGGCCUCGUGGGUAGCGGCGCUGUCGUUGCUCGGCGCCUGGGCCGGUGCCAUCAUAGGCGACUGGACGAUGCGCAAGGGUCGCCGGCUGGCUCUCAGAAUGACCUCCCUGCCCCUGGCCGUGGCGUGGAUCCUCACGGGUCUCGCGCCCAGCGUCAAGCUCAUCUACCUUACCAGUUUCUCCGUCGGGCUCUGCUGCUCCAUCAUCACGAUGGUCGCUCAGGUGUACAUAUCGGAGAUAUCGCUGCCGGGUAUACGGGGCUGUCUGUCGGCGAUGCUGAAAGUUUUGGGCCACGUUGGGGUGUUGCUCGCCUACAUAUCCGGCUCGUGUCUCAAUUGGCGGGAGAGCGCCCUUCUGGUAUCCAUCGCUCCGUCGAUGCUCUUCUUCGGCACCCUCUUCAUUCCCGAGACGCCCUCCUACCUUGUGCUCAACGGCAAGGAUGAGGAGGCUGCCAGUAGUCUACAGUGGCUACGCGGCUCCGAGGUCGACAUCAGGAACGAGCUACAGAUCAUAAAGACGAACGUCCUGAUGUCACGGGCCAAACAGUACGAGCAGUCCUUCAAAAAUAGCAUGCUCACGCCUAGGCUGUACAAGCCGAUCGGCAUAACGUGCGGCCUCAUGUUCUUCCAAAGAUUUUCGGGGGCCAACACCUUCAACUACUACGCUGUGAAUAUCUUCCGCCAGACCCUCGGCGACAUAAACCCCCACAACGCGACGAUAGCCAUUGGGUUCGUCCAACUGUUGGCCUCGCUUCUCUCGGGCUUCCUGAUCGACGUGGUCGGCCGAUUGCCGCUCCUGAUAGCCAGCGCGGUCUUCAUGUCGCUGGCGCUCGCGGGCUUCGGUAGCUACGCCUACUACAACUCGAUGUCACAGCUGCAGAGCAUCCCAGCCUCGACUUACGCCGCUGAGGCGACGGUGACGAUGACGGGCCAGUACGACUGGAUACCACUGAUCUGCGUCCUCGUCUUCACCACGGCCUUCGCCCUGGGCAUCUCGCCCAUAUCUUGGCUUCUCAUCGGUGAGCUCUUCCCACUCGAGUAUCGCGGUCUCGGCUCGAGCAUCAGCACCAGUUUCAGUUACUUCUGCGCCUUCAUCGCCACCAAGCUCUACAUGGACUUUCAGCAGGCGGAAGAGUCUGAGACUAUGGCAAAUGUAAAAUUCAAUCGACUAGAUUUUUAA